AUGCUCAACAAUAACUUUUCGACGUCUUGCACUUAUCGAUUUAUAGAAAGCUCAAUUUCUGACAUUUCAGAAAGAAUAAAUUACAACAUUAUUCUAAGACAGCAACCUGAAAGAGCUAAAGUCAGCUUGGUUAAUGAAAGAGAUAGGCGACCAAUAGAACCCCCUCCUAUAUUACAGCUAUAUUGGGAAAAUAUUACUGAAGAAGAAUUAAAAAAAUGUCUUCAAAGCCCUUUUUACUUCAUGGUGGCCAACAUAGUCACAGAACAGGACCCUCAGACUCUGUUACUGCCAGCUCAGGAUUAUCUAUCGGGCUCAACUGUGUCAUCCUUACAUAGACUCCGUGAUAUUGAUAAUUCGGAUGGUGGCUUCUUUGUGUUUGGUGAUCUUGCAGUUAAAAAGGAAGGCAGGUUUAGAUUACAAUUUAGUCUAUUUGAGAUAUUAGAUGGUGUGGUACAUACCCGUAAAACGAUGCUCUCCAAUGCAUUCACGGUUUAUCUACCAAAACAUUUCCCCGGUCCAGUAGAGGCAACGUUCUUAUCGAGAACAUUUUCUGAUCAAGGAGUCAAGAUGAGGAUUCGUAAAGAACAUAGAAUGCAAUCACGCAAAAGAAAGAAUAUAGAUGAAGCGGAUAACCAACAAAAGAAAAGCCUUAAACGAUCUGGCAUGCUUAUCUCUACGUCUCCUCCUCCCUAUUCAUCCAUGAACCCAUCCGAUGUCUUCUUUGGAAGAUGGCAAGCAACAACAGAUAAAUCAAGGCAGUCAUCUAUAUCAACUUCUUCUUCUUCUAUGGAUGACCAUGACUAUAGGGCAUUGACCAACAAAUUCAAAUAUCAGAGUCAAACAAUUCCAAGCCCAGAAAGUACGACCUACACCAAUUCCAUUAACAGCAUGGAUCCAAGCCCUUAUUCUGUAUCACAUUCCUCUUGUUUUGCAAACAAGCAAGUUUUACCUUAUUUAUCUCAAUCCGAAAGGUUACCUACACCACCAAAUGUAACUGACCAUCAUAUGACUUACCAUUGGGGAACACGGUUGCCUCCUCUACGUACCAUUAUGAAUGACGACUAUAAGCACUCUUCCAUGACUCUCAUCCUUCCUCCUCCAUCUUCUAUUAUUCCGAGUUAUGUUAUAGAGCCUUAUUCACGUCGUUGA